AUGGCGACCACAGAGGGUGAGCGGUGUCCAUUAUUCCAACUUUUUGACCGUUAUGAGUACACCAUCCAGGGGCCCCCGGGGAAACCAGGACCUCCAGGAUCACCGGGACCCCCAGGAGACAAGGGUUUCACAGGGAAGCCAGGCAUGGAGGGACCUCAGGGCCCAGUGGGCAUAUAUGGUAUCCAGGGGAACGUGGGCAUGCGUGGGCCUCCGGGGUUCAUGGGAGAAAGGGGCGAGCCAGGUUUACGAGGUUUACCUGGGCCUGUUGGGAAGCAAGGUUCUGCAGGUCCGCCAGGACCUUGUGGAGAAAAGGGACCCCGGGGACUUCAGGGUCGGCCUGGAGAUGAAGGAUCCAAAGGGAUACAGGGCCCACCAGGCCCUCCAGGUCUCCCAGGUGGUAUUGGGGCAGCUGGAAAACCUGGACCCAGAGGAAGCCAAGGGCCCUCAGGACCUGAGGGGCCACAGGGGCCUGCAGGAAUCCCAGGCCCACAGGGUGCGGAUGGAUUAUUAGGAGCAGCAGGGGAAAGAGGACACAAGGGUUUACCUGGCGUGCUUGGUGAUGCUGGCCCCACAGGACAAGAUGGACAACAGGGUCUCCCUGGCCUAACAGGAAAUGAAGGCCCACCUGGACGGAAAGGAGACCAGGGGGACCUAGGGUCUUGUGGGAAACUUGGUCCUCCAGGGCCCCCAGGAGAGAGAGGACUUGAGGGCCCAAAAGGCUUACAGGGCAGGCCUGGACCAGAGGGUCUAGAGGGCGAUGUCGGGCAUCCUGGUGAAGCUGGAGAUCCUGGAGCCGAAGGGGAGAAGGGUGAGGUCGGCUCUCCAGGUUUGUCUGGUCGAGAAGGCCCUUGGGGAGACCAUGGAGAAAAUGGCGAAAGGGGCCCAAAGGGGGAGAAGGGCCACAUUGGAUCCAUGGGUGAACCCGGGCUGAUGGGUGAAGUGGGACCUUCAGGUCUGACGGGGUUAAAGGGAGUCGUAGGCUCUUGGGGCCCCCCGGGGCCAGAUGGACCUCAGGGCCAGAAGGGGACGUCUGGGCCUAUAGGACUUACUGGACCUCCGGGGUCAACAGGCCCUCGGGGAAUGACUGGUGCUCGUGGUGUCAGAGGAGACACAGGGGGGCUGGGACCACCUGGUCCAGUAGGAAAAGUCGGACCUCAGGGAGACCUUGGAGCUAAUGGGGAAGUGGGGCCACAGGGACUGAAGGGGGAGCCAGGAGCUCCAGGUCCACCAGGGGAACAGGGCGAAGAUGGUCUGCCAGGAAUCCAAGGUCCUCCGGCUCUGCCUGGGUUUGAGGGGCCUCCUGGAGAGAUGGGACCCCAGGGUCCCCCAGGUCCCACAGGGGCUCCUGGAGUGCAAGGAAGAGCAGGACCUGAGGGGAAGCAGGGCAUGUCAGGGGAGAAGGGGCACGAUGGCAAGAAUGGAUCACCAGGGAGUGUGGGUCCUGUUGGAAGGAGGGGGAAACGGGGGAAAGCCGGAGUCAGACAGACCAGGGGAGACAGAGGACUUAAGGGCCAAAAGGGAGACACAGGACUGGUGGGCCUCCCUGGGUGGCCCGGGCUCAUCGGAAUCCUCGGCUUACGUGGAGAUCUGGGGGAUCAAGGGGAAAAGGGGAAAGAGGGUGUGAAAGGAGACAUGGGACUGCCUGGACCACCUGGAGCUGAUGGCAUGAAGGCUGUUGGUGGCUCUGUUGGGUUGCCUGGUCCACUGGGCGUGAUGGGAGAGCAGGGAAAUAUUGGUCUCCCAGGCCCGAGGGGGACACCAGGGAUGCCAGGACUGCCUGGCUGGUUUGGAUUAAAGGGUUUGAAAGGCUACCAAGGUUUCCCUGGUCUGCCCGGCAGCAGGGGGCUCCCAGGUCCACCUGGGCUCCCUGGACCUCCGGGACAGUCACUGAACAUGACGUUGACUCAACUCAAGGAUCUGAUGUAUGUGUCCGAUAAGCCCAACUACUCUCUGAUCAAGACUCUGCUAGAUUCUCUGCAGGAGGACCUCCGGCUGAUGGUGGAUCCUCCUGAUGGCAGUAAGGAGCAUCCUGCCACCACCUGUCUGGAGCUGUGGCUCUGUCACCCAGAAUACAGCAGCGGAAUGUAUUACAUUGACCCGAACCAGGGCAGCCCAGCGGACUCUCUGCUGGCCUACUGCAGCUUCUCCUCUACAUCAAAACAGACCUGCCUUCAUCCUCAAAACUCUCAGUUGCCCAUGAAAGCCUGGAUGGAAGAAUUUUCUGAAGAAGGAUCCUUUCAGUGGCUCAGCAGGCUGGAGCUGGGGUUCCAGUUUUACUAUCCAGGUGCUAAUGUGGUCCAGAUGCGUUUUCUGAGGUUGCACAGUGGCACUGCCAUCCAGAACAUGACCUUCUCCUGCCACCCAGGACACAGACUGGGCCAGACGGACAGAGACAUCAAGUUCCUUACUGACUCAAGGAAGCAAAGUUACCUCGGAGCUCUUAAAGACUGUGUGCCUGGAGAGGAGACCGUUUCUGGACCUCGGGAGUCGGUGUUUGAGUUUGAGGACCUCCACCUGCUUCCUCUGAGAGACGUCGCACUCAUGGGAGGCGGGAACUUCACACACCAGUUCGGCAUCUCUGUCGGACCUGUGUGUUUCAGCUAGAGGUGCUAGAAAGCUGUGCCGUCCCAGAACACUCACAGGUCCAGGACACAAACCUGUGUUCAAACCAUGGACACCUAGAGGACAACUGGAACAUCUCUUCCCAUUUCUGAAGAAGUCACUUCCUUCUCCUCUUGUUUCGGGGAAUUUGAUCUCUCAAGCUGAGUGACUCCGUAUUCAUGAAUUUGAGAGGACACAAGCGUCCCCUGGCUUUUUUCACGGAGAAGUAAAUGUUGUUUACAGAGACGUUUAUCUUGUAUUGAAUAAUUUAAAAAUGUAUGUUU